AUGGCUCAAGGAGACGAGUACCUGAACAACCUUCGCUCUCUUGCCAACCUGUAUAAAGAAAGAGUGACGGUAGAAGAUAUUGAGAAUGAAAUGACCACGACCCUCGGAGAAAUCCACACUCACGUCAAAAUGGGCAAGGCGUUGGAUGCCCAAUUGGCCCAUCAUAUGCUGACUACAACCGGAUCGACGUUCACAGGAGGAGAACUUGCUGUAUCUGCUUCACGUCUCUGGAAAACGGCGACAUAUGCUAAGGAGCGACUCCAUAGUUUCACUCAGCGAUACAUGCUAGUCGAUGCGAUCUACAGAAUGAAGGUCGAUGAAGACGCUUGGAUCCGCAAUAUCACGGAUAUCGAAGACGAACUGACCCGUGCCGAAAAAAUGGUACAGGACGAGAAAGUUCAGAACAAGGAGACUUUCGUGUCAGUCUUCAACAAGACAAUAGAGAAGCUGGAAAAGAAGAUCGACGACAUCGCCUUGAAUCUAUCGAAACCGGCACAAGGCAAGAAACUGGAUCAUUCUCCACCGGUGAAAAGAAAGUGCUAUCCAGAAGCUGAAGACCAACCCACAACCAGCAAGAUGCAGGUAAUCUCCGACGAGGAAUAUAUGAGGAACCUAAUCGAAGAAUGUAGAGAUGACGAUGAGGCGUCGCCCGAGGUUGCUGAACGCAAUACUGAGAGAGUAGAGCAAGAUAAAAGAAGACGCAAGCACAUUCAAUAUGAAGAGGAUCGACUUCGAGAAGGACAACGUCGUCAAGAAGAAGAACAGCGUCGUCGAGAAGAAGAGCAGCGCCGCCAAGAAGAAGAACGUCGUUUGGCGGAAGAAGAACGUCUUCAGAGAGAGCAGGAGCGUCAACAAUAUCUUCACAAUCUUGAAAUGGAACUUGACGACCUAUACAAAGGUCGCUUCCUGCUUCCUCAAAGGAAAUUUGGUGAGAUACCGGAGGAGCCAGUACGUGUGGAGUGUUCCUUCUGUGGAAUAUAUGGAGACCACUUUUCGGAUUCUUGCACAUUUAUCACAGAUGGACGGGAACGUUACAAUUACAUCGAUCAAGAAAGUCGUUGUAAAUUGUGCCUCAGAAAAGGGCACGCGACCGAGGUAUGUAGAGCGAAGGACCAGGAAUGUUGGUACUGCGAAAUAGUGCAAAACACAGCCUUGUCAUUCCUUGUUGACAAACAGCCUCACCACAGAGCCAUAUGUUCUAUCCCUGACUCAAAGGAACGCAUCACUGCAAGGAUCAGAUGUUUCUUCAUUCCAUCGCCUACGACGGGACGUCGCCGCAUAAAAGCGCGGGGUUGCGAUCGUUCGGGGCUUCUGGCACUAGCUUCGAGCUCUGGUUGA